AUGGGUAAUUGUCAUUCAAAUAAAAAGGCGUCUAACUUAUAUAGAGAUGAUGAUGAUUCAAAUUUACCUUCUGGAACUAUUACUCCUCGAUUCUUUAAUAUGAGUCGAUCUAUUCAAAGUAUUAACGAAACUUCAAAAAAUUCUUUUGAUACUGAUAUUUCGGAAGAGAAAAGACUUCAAUCGUUACAUGAUUAUAUGUCAAAUUUAUGGCAAUCUAAAUUCUUUUCUCCAAUACACCAAAAAUUGGUUAGCGGUGCCGUUAAAGUUCUUGAUGUUGGUUGUGGAACUGGCGCUUGGAUCAUCGACAUGGCGAACAAAUAUCCUCACACAAAAUUCAUAGGUCUAGACGUGUCUCCAACAUUUUCCAAUUCACCCCUCCCUUACAAUGUUGAAUUUAUACAAGCUGACCUACUUAAGGGACUUCCAUUCGAUGAUAAUACGUUCGACUUUGUAUAUAUGAGUAACUUGGUUAGAUAUUUAUCGACAAAACAGUGGGAGGAUAUUGUAAUCAAAGAAUUAGUCAGAGUUUCAAAACCCUACGCAUUCAUAGAAGUAAUGGAAGGUGAUUUAACUUUACAUAACAAAGGCCCUGUCACUACUAAAUUACAUGAAGCUUUUCUCGCUUCUAUGCAUGCUAAAGGAAUUAGCCCAUUGAUCGAAACUAUCAUCACUAGAAUUUUUCAAACAAAUCCAUACUUGGCAAAUUUUAACGUAGAAACAAAAGUGGGCUACCUGAAUGCGUGGGAUGGUUUACAGAACUUAGAAAAUGGGUUAAAGGUAUUUAAAAUGUCAAAAAAAUCAAAUCUAGAAUUCAUGUCUUCUACGCCAUCAGAAUACGAUGCUAUGCUUGAAAAUUAUGUAAAAGAAAUAGAAGAAUAUAAUACGUAUUGUAAAUUUUAUCGAUUUUAUGCUCAAAAAAUUGAAUUACCACCAUCUCCAGUUUCACUUAAAUCAUCAAACUAUAUAAAUUAUUCUUCUUCUUCAACUUAUAAAAGUUUAAAUCAAAAUUCUCAAUUCUUACUAAGAAGCAAUUCAAAUUCAACUACGGUCAAUUCUUUAAAUAAUUUAGGCAACUUUAAAAAUAAUUCCUCUAAUAAUUUAAGUAGUUUUAAAGAUAAUUCCUUAAAAAAAAUUCCUUCUCAUCGAAAUUUAACAUGA